AUGAAACAGCUUGAGAAGCCAGGGAGAGGAAAGGCACCCAUCAACGCACUUAACAAUCCCUCUCUCAGACACUCGAUAGAAAGGAGCACAGAAGCUCAAACAAUGAAAAACGCUCAGUCUUUGGCUGGACUCCUGCUCCUCAUCAUUAUCCAAAGCAGUUGGCAGGUGCCUGACCAGGACACAGACCGAAACUCAAUGCUAUUGAAUGAAAACUCCAUGUUGACUGAACCCAUUGAGCUUCAAAACAUGAAGAGACAUUCUGAGGGGACAUUUUCCAACGACUACAGUAAAUAUCUGGAGACAAGAAGAGCUCAAGACUUUGUCCAGUGGCUAAAGAACUCAAAAAGGAAUGGGGGUCUGUUUAGACGCCACGCAGACGGCACCUACACCAGCGACGUGAGCUCCUACCUGCAGGACCAGGCAGCCAAGGAGUUUGUGUCCUGGCUGAAGACCGGCCGAGGCAGACGAGAGUAGACUCAACCAGAGCGCCCGUCACCACUCCCAAAAAUAAUGCAACAAUCCACACUGACUCUCUUUGCCAUUAUAUGUUUCACAA